AUGGAGACACUUUUAAGAAUAAUUGAAGUUCACAAGUUGAAAUCACCACCAGAGGGCUGCAGCCUCUAUGAAGUUAUUGAUAUGGUGGAUAGAUAUAGAAAACCAGAAAUCAGAAGAGUUCGAAUCAAUAAUGACUUCCUUAAGAGAGAUAUUAAUCCCAGUUCAGCCUGUGAAAGAGGAAAGUAUACCAAGUUCCGUCAGCAUAUUUUAUCAGAUGAUUUCCAGGAUGAGGUGUUAAUUGAGAAGUUAAAUGAGAUAGUAAUUCGUGACACAGAACGGAAAGGGAAAGUUGGAAAGAAAAGGUCAGAGAUGGUAGCUACUGUAGAGAUUAAGGAAGAAAGAAAGUCUAAAGAUAAAGGUAAUGCAGUACUGGUUAAUGAAAUAAAAUCAUUACAAGAACAAUUUACUGAGUUGAAAGAACUGGUUAAACAACAAUCUCAGACCCAACCAACAUUUCAACCAAUUACUCAAACCAGACCUAGACAGUAUAAAAGAAGUUGUUUCCAAUGUUAUAAAGAUGGCAGCCAAGAUUGUAGACACUGUUGGCGAUGUGGUUCAGUUUCUCAUUUUCGUUUCAACUGUAGAGCGAAUUUAUCGGGAAACGAUCAAGGGUCGCAUCCAGGGGGCAGAAUGUGA